CCGUUCUGCUAAACCCUUGUAAAACCCCUGCGAAGAGAAAACAAAGAAGAAAGAUCAUAAAUUUCUCUGAAAAACCCUAAACUAUCCGAAUUAGAGGACAAAGAAACGAAUACCCUUUUUCCUCUUUGUAUCUUCAAUGGCAACACCGUCGCAUGCUCAAGGUGUCAAGUCGCUCAAUAAAUCUCAGGGUCGUAGGCGCUUUGUUUUCAAGACUUUCUCUCAGAGAAUAGAUGAUAUUGAUAUUAAUGUAUUUAGAAGCCUUGAUAAAAUCAAGUCAGAGCCCUCUGAAGGUUCAUCUUUCCUUCGGGAUUGCCUUAUCGAGUGGAGGGAAUUGAAUACGGCAGAGGAUUUCAUUUCAUUUUAUGGGGAAACUAUGCCAUUUGUACAGACCUUACCCUUGGUACUCUUGCACAAGGAAUUGAUAUUUACUAAACUUAUUUCCCGGUUACAAAUGAAAGCAAGAUUAUCUCUUGAGCCUUUACUCAGAUUGUUGGCAGCCUUCUCUAGGGAUAUUCUUGAAGAUUUUCUUCCAUUCUUGCCUAGGAUUGCUGAUUCCUUAGUAUCUCUCCUCAAAAGUGGUGCAGAUAAGGAGCCAGAUAUCGUUGAGCAGAUAUUCACUUCAUGGUCGUACAUCAUGAUGUAUUUGCAGAAGUAUCUCGUAAGGGAUGUCAUACAUGUUCUCAAGGUUACCUUGAGGCUGAGAUAUUACCCAAGGGAUUAUGUCCAAGAGUUUAUGGCAGAGACUACAUCAUUCUUGCUGCGGAAUGCACCUGUUGAGCAACUUAUAAAAGGUAUUAAGAAGACCAUGUUUGAAGUUGUGAAGAAACCGUUACCUAUCCGAAAGUCUGGAGUUAGUGCUCUGUUAUGCUACAUUAUGUUAGGAACCUCGUCAAGGUUCCAUUCUGGAGCAGAGCGAGUUUUGCGAUUAUUGAUGGAUAAUUCAAUAUUUGCUAUUGGUGAUAAGUUCCCUGAAGGUUCAGAUUCUAUUCUUGAAGUUGUGACUGCUACCUCAAAAUUACCUGAGGAGCUAAACCCUAAGGAGUUGGUUCUAAUGUGGGAGUGCUUGUAUCAGGAAAUAAGCGACUCUCUAGCUAACAAAUCUUUCUUGCAUCUAAGCCGCAUUUUAUCUCUGUUAAUAUCUUGUAUUCAGGUUGAUAGUGGGUAUGGUGUAUCAGACUAUCAACAGAUGCUUGAAGUUAUAGAGUCCUUGGUGCUGAAAGUUGUACUUCCUUCGAGCAAAGAAAAUGGCAGUUUCUCUGAAGUUGUUGAUAAAGUUCUGCAACUAAUGCUACACAUUCUUGAUGGACUCCAUGGAUCUAAUAAUUUGUCUACCAUCUCUGGCUGUGUGUCACAGUGGGCUCCUGUAUUUGAGUUGAGAAACUCAAGCUUGUUGACUUUUCUUAGAGAACUACUGCUGAAGGACCAACACAUUAUAUAUAUUUUUAGAGAUUAUGCUUUAAGUGCUAUGAAUGAUCUGGUAGAAUCUUCAGAAGAAGAAGUUAUAUGCCUGUUACUGUGUUUCUUUGAGAGACUGCAAAUGCACCCUCAAAGCACUAUAUUCUUAGAUGAGAUGUCCGGAGGGAAAUCUUGGAAGAUAUGUGAUUAUAUGAAAGGGGCUCUCAGUAACUGGAUCAGGCUUAUAAAUGACCUAGUAAAUGGGAAUUCGUCAGCUGCUCAAAUUGAUGGCGCCAAGUUGGCUAUCUUGUGGGGAAUUAUUAGCUGCUAUCCAUAUAUGUUUGAUGUCCAAGCAUAUGAGUCUGUGCUGAUAGAGUUGAUAGAUGCACUUCAUCGACUUCUAAUGAUUGUGGAUGAAAGUAUUGCAGGUGUUUCCAAAAACACUUGGGAGAGCCUAAUUGGUGCUGCUUUAGGUUCUCAUAACAAAUGGCAUAAUGCAAAAGAGGUUGGGUUUGGAGAAAUGAGCAAAGUAUUAGACCUUUCCAAGGCCUGCAAAUCAUCCUCACAAGUACUAUCUGCUGCCGCUGAUUACUUGGAUAAUGUGUAUGGGCCCACAUUGCAAGCAGAUAGUCGCAAGGAAAUAUGCCAUCCCUUGCUUAAAGAGGAGAAUAUGAUGGAUGCAGUUAGCAUAUUUGCUGAUAAUUUGUGCUACCCAGAUAAAGGGAUUCGUCUCCCUACUCUAAGAAUUUUGUGCCACUACGAGCAUCUCAGUUGCGGAACUUCUGCUAAAGAUCAACCUGCUGAGAAGAAAACGAAAACGGAGGAUUCUCAGGCUGCUACUAUUGGUACCAAUGAAAGCAAUGUUCUUCAGCAAUUAAUGUCUAUCGAGGCUACUACUCUUUCAAUUUCUACCGGCAGGAAAGUUACCUUAUUGAUUUCUAGAAUACAAAUGGACCUCUCUGCUGGCAGGAUACCUGAAACAUAUGUACCUCUUGUUUUGAACGGGAUAAUUGGCAUAUUCUAUAAUCGUUUUAGCUAUCUAUGGGAUGCAGCUUCUGAGUGCCUUGCAGUUCUGAUUAGCAAGCACACUGGACUUGUAUGGGAUAAGUUUAUUUCUUAUUUUGAACGAUGCCAGUCCCUGGUACAGGCAUCUGAUGUCCAACUUGACAGAGAAAAUGCAACUUUAUCUAAUGCAUCUAGUGAUCUUGUAAGACAAUUCAAUUUGUUUGUGAAUCCUUCAUCUGAUAACACGCCAGACACAGCAGUUUUGUCUUUGUUCCUCCAAACUUUGCAAAAGGUUUCUUCUGUUGCCGAGUCUCGAUCCCGUCAAAUUAUACCCCUAUUUUUAAGGUUUUUGGGCUACGAUAGCGAUAAUCCUGUGAGCUCAGGUUCGUUCAAUUCUGACAUUUAUGAAGGGAAAGAGUGGAAGGGUAUCCUUAAAGAAUGGCUAAGCUUGUUAAAAAUGAUGAGGAACCCCGGAGCAUUCUAUCGAAGUCAAUUUCUAAAAGAUGUUCUGCAAUAUAGGCUUCUAGAUGAAAAUGAUGCUGAAAUACAGGCAAGGGUUCUUGAUUGCCUUUUAUUGUGGAAAGACGACUUCCUACUUCCGUAUGACCAGCAUCUGAAAAAUCUAAUCAAUUCAAAGUAUCUGAGAGAAGAACUUACAACAUGGAGUUUGUCUAAAGAAGAUGGUCUAAUUGAGGAAGGUCAUAGGGUUCAUUUGGUGCCUUUAGUUGUUCGCCUCCUGAUCCCAAAAAUCAGAAACUUGAAAACGCUCGCCUCACGAAAGAAUGCAAGUGUACAUCUUCGAAAGGCAGUUCUUGGUUUCAUAGCUCAACUGGAUUCCGAUGAGCUCCAUCUUUUCUUUGCAUUGUUAUUGAAGCCCUUGCAAAUUAUACCAAAUGAAGAUGAUUAUGCUUCUAAUCUGUAUUCAAACACUAUCCAUGAAUUUCACUCCCUAAAUUAUCUGAAAUAUUUCACUGUGGAAAAUAUAACAACCCUAUCCUGGAAGAAAAGAUCUGGUUUUCUGCAUGUAAUUGCAGAUGUUAUUGGUGUUUUUGAUGAAUUCCGUGUCAGACCUUUUCUUGAUCUAUUGAUGGGAUGUGUUGUUCGUGUAUUAGCAAGCUGCAGUUCGAAUAUUGACACUGCAAGGGUUGCUGAAUCCUCCCCAGUAAGUGAUCAUCCCGAUGUUGAGAUGAUAUCUGAUGACAAGUACAGUACAGAGGCCAACCAUGCGAAGACUGGGAUGGGCAUCAAGCAAUUCAAGGAUUUGAGGUCUCUAUGUCUAAGAAUUGUCUCUUUAGUUCUCAAUAAAUAUGAGGAACAUGAUUUUGGUACUGAAUUUUGGGACCUAUUUUUUACAUCCUUGAAACCCUUAAUUUAUGCUUUCAAGCAGGAGGGUUCUAGUAGUGAAAAACCAAGUUCCUUGUUCUCUUGCUUUUUGGCUAUGAGUCAGAGCCUGCAGCUCGUGUCCCUGCUCUGUAGGGAAAGGAAUCUUGUCCCUGAUAUAUUUUCAAUUCUAACUGUUCCAACUGCUUCAGAAGCUAUUAUAUCUUGUGUUCUGAAGUUUAUUUCAAACCUGCUUGAUCUUGAUUGUGAGUUGGAUGAUGAAAACAGUCCUAUAAAAAGUUUGAUAUGCCCAAACCUAGAAGCACUGGUCUGCAGCUUGCAUUACCUGUUUCAGAGUGAUAAAGCAUCCAAAAGAAAAUUUGUCAGAUGUCCUGGGGAAACAGAAAUUAGAAUCUUCAAAUUGCUAUCGAAAUACAUAAGUGAUCCAUUGCUGGCAAAGAAAUUUGUCGAUGUCUUGCUCCCUUUCUUAUCAAAAAGAGUUCAAGGUUCUGAUACCUGUCUUGAGGCCAUACAAGUUAUUCAACACAUCAUUCCUGUUCUAGGGAAUGACAGAACUACCGACAUACUUAAUGCUGUUGAUCCACUUCUUAUUUCUUCUAAAUUGGAUAUGCGAGUGUUUAUUUGCGAUCUUCUUGAAGCACUUGCUAGAACUGAUUCUUCUGUACUUGUGGUGGCUGGAUAUAUCAGACAAUUAAAUGCAACCUCAGUUUUUGAGUUGGAUGAGCUUGAUUAUGAUGCCAUUGGCAAGGCGUAUGAAGGAAUUGGAAUUGGAUGCUUUAGUGCUAUGCCUGUGGAGCAUGUCUUACUUGUUUUGUCACAAAGCGUAUAUGAUAUGUCAUCAGACGAAUUAAUUUUAAGGCAUCAUGCUUAUAGGUUGUUGCUUACUUUUCUUGAAUUUUCUGCCCAAGUUCUUGGCCAAGAGGUUGUAGAUCAUCAUGGAACUGCUGAUCAGAUGAUGACAGAUGAUGAAGGUUGUUGGACACAAGCAUGUGUUCAGCGUAUCAUAAACAAGUUUCUUUUGAAGCAUGGGGAUGCAAUCAGUUGUGGAAUUUCUGUGAGAAAGGAAUGGAUUGAUUUACUGCGAGAAAUGGUGAUAAAGCUUCCGCAGUUGGAGAAUCUUAAUUUGUUCAGAGCUCUAUGCUCUGAAGAUGCUGAUCAAGAUUUUUUCAAUAAUAUCAUUCAUCUACAGAAACAUAAGAGGGCAAAGGCUUUGUCUCGCUUUGCAGAUGUUAUCAAUAAAAGCUAUAUGCCUAUGGAUAUCAUGAAUAAAGUGUUCAUUCCACUAUUUUUCAACAUGUUGUUUGAUUUACAACAUGGGAAGGACGAACAUCUUAGAUCUGCUUGCAUGCAAGCACUUGCUUCAGUUUCGGCUAAGAUGGAAUGGAAAUCAUACCAUGUGUUACUGAUUCGCUGCUUUAGUGAGAUGAAGAAGCAUCCAGACAAGCAGAAAGUUCUCUUACGUUUAAUUUGCUCUAUCUUGGACAAAUUUGAUUAUUCAAGAUUUUGUUCUGGUCAAGGAGGGAACAUUUCGGGUUCUGAAAACAAUAGUAUUACUUCUCCAGCAAUGCAGAACAUUGGUAGUUCUGUUAUGGUUGCUGAGAUACAGGCUUCUCUUCAAAAAACUAUUCUGCCAAAGAUACAGAAGUUAUUGAGUUCUGUUGAUAAUGUCAAUGUUAAUAUCAGCCUUGCUGCACUGAAACUUCUAAAGCUGCUUCCAGGAGAUGUAAUGGAGUCUCAGCUAUCUAGCAUCAUUCAUCGCAUUUCAAACUUUCUAAAGAACCGUCUAGAAAGUAUUCGUGAUGAAGCUAGGUCUGCAUUGGCUGAAUGUCUAAAGGUGCUUGGACUUGAAUAUCUUCAGUUUAUAAUCCGAGUUUUAAGAGCAACACUGAAACGCGGAUUUGAGAUGCACGUACUAGGAUAUACACUUAAUUUUCUUUUGUCAAAGACCCUUUCAAUUUCUUCUGAUGGGAGUUUGGAUUAUUGCUUAGAAGAUCUCCUCAGUGUGGCUGAAAAUGAUAUUCUAGGAGAUGUUGGGGAGAAAGAGGUGGACAAGAUUGCUUCCAAAAUGAGAACAAGGAAGUGCAAGUCUUUUGAAACCUUGAAACUGAUUGCUCAAAGCAUAACUUUCAAAACCAAUGCAUUGAAGCUUCUUUCUCCCGUUACAACUCACUUGCAAAAGCAUCUGACUCCAAAAGUGAAAUCAAAAUUGGAAAAUAUGUUGAAACACAUCGCGGAGGGAAUUGAUUGCAAUCCAUCAGUAAAUCAGACUGAUCUCUUUAUCUUUGUAUAUGGCCUCAUUGCAGAUGCAACUAAUGAAGAAAAUGGAUUCAGUGCUAGUUUGACUAGUGAAGAAGGAAAUAAACAUGGAAAUGUUGUCAGAGAGAAAAUUGUCUCUCUAGCUGAGGCGUUUAGAACUAAGUCUGCAUGUUCUCACCUUAUUACAUCUUUUGCGCUAGGAGUUUUACAAAAUAGAUUGAAAAGCAUGAAAUUGGACAGAAAUGAUGAGCAACUGUUAUCAAUGUUGGAUCCAUUUGUCAAAUUGCUUGGCAACUGUUUGAGUUCCAAAUAUGAAGAUAUUUUGUCUUCAUGCCUUAGAUGUCUUACUCCAUUGGUGAGGCUGCCUCUUCCAUCACUUGAAUCCCAGGCUGAUAAAUUGAAAGUGACGCUUUUGGGUAUUGCACAAGGCUCUGUAAGCCCUGGAAAUCCUCUUAUGGAGUCAUGUCUAAAAUUGUUAACUGUUCUUUUACGAAGCACCAAAAUCACAUUAUCCUCAGAUCAGUUAUAUAUGUUAGUGCAGUUUCCAGUGUUUGUGGAUCUUGAAAGGAAUCCAUCCUUCAUUGCCUUGUCACUUCUAAAGGCAAUUGUUAACCGCAAGCUAGUGGUUCAUGAGAUCUAUGAUAUUGUAGUUCAAGUUGCAGAAUUGAUGGUAACUAGUCAGGUGGAACCGAUUCGAAAAAAAUGCAGUCAGAUUUUGUUGCAGUUCCUACUUGAUUAUCAUCUUUCAGAGAAACGCUUACAACAACAUUUAGAUUUCUUCUUGCUUUCUUGCAGGUAUCAGCAUCCAACUGGGAGAGAAUCUGUGCUAGAAAUGCUCCAUGCAAUCUUGAUAAAAUUUCCAAAAGGCAUUAUUGAUGAGCAGUCACAGACCAUAUUUGUCCACCUUGUGGUGUGCUUGGCCAAUGAUCAAGAUAAUAAAGUCCGCUCUAUGACUGGUGCUGUGAUAAAGCUCCUUAUUGGUCGUAUAAGCCAACAUUCACUGAAUUCCAUUCUCGAGUACAGUAUGUCCUGGUAUUUGGGUGAGAAGCAGCAACUAUGGAGCGCAGGUGCACAGGUAUUAGGAUUAGUGAUCGAGGUCAUGAAGAAAAAAUUUCAAAAGCAUAUUAGUAGAAUAUUGCCAGUGACUAAAAGGAUUUUGCGCUCUGCUAUUGUUGCUUUCAGCAACACAGAGAUGGCUUCUGACGAAGCUACUAUUCCUUUCUGGAAAGCGGCAUACUAUUCAAUAGUUAUGUUGGAGAAGAUGCUACAUCAGUUCCGUGAUUUGAGCUUCGAAAGAGAUCUUGAGGAGAUUUGGGAAAUGAUCUGCGAGUUGCUGUUGCAUCCGCAUGCAUGGUUAAGCAACAUAUCAAAUCGCUUAAUUGCCUUCUAUUUUACUUGUGCAAAUGAGUCGAGACGAGGAAGUCUUGAGAAGUCACAUGGAGCAUUAUUUCUUAUGACGCCAAGUAGACUUUUUAUGAUUGCUGCUUCUCUUUGCUGCCAACUGAAAGUGCCUAUUGAUGAUUACGAGGCUGCAACAAAGGAUGUAAAGCUUGGUGCUAAGAAGGAAACUGAGAAAAUCUCUUAUCCCCGGAGCAGCCUGAUUACAAGAAAUCUCGUGUUUUCAAUUUGUGGUCUGAACUCCUUGAUGAAAGAGUGGGCCGGUGUGCACCUUACGAAGUUCUGGUCUGCCCUUGAACAGCAUGAGCAAGAGCGGUUUCUUAAAGCCUUUCAGUUGCUUAAUUCAAGGAAAGCAACCCGUAUACUUUUGUCUGUUACUGAUGCCACAGAUGAUCAAAAUGAUGCAGACCAUUCUGAGGGCCUUCAAUAUCUGCUCGUCUCUAAUCUGCUUAAGGAGCUUGGCAAGCUAGCUUUUCAAAUGGAGGCUAUUCAGAUGAGGAUAGUCUUCAGUAGUUUCCAGAAAAUUUUACCAGAGAUCGGUCAGGAUGAUUCUCGACAUUACGCGUCUCUGAUGAUUUUUCCUUUAUAUAAAGUGUGUGAAGGGUUUGCUGGAAAAAUUAUCACCGAUGAUCUAAAGCAAUUAGCACAAGAGGUUUUGGGGAGUAUUCGGAAGAUUAUAGGCAGCCAAGAAUUCGGACAUGUUUACAACGAGAUGAAGAAGAAACUAAAAUCGAAGAGAGACAAGAGAAAACGAGAGGAGAAGCAGAUGGCGGUUAUCAAUCCAAUCCGCAAUGCUAAGAGGAAGCUGCGGAUCGCAGCCAAGAAUCGUGCUAACAAGAAGAGGAGGAUAAUGGCAAUGAAAAUGGAAAGAUGGAUGCGGUAAAUCCCAUCCUUUUCUCCAUUAGGAAAUUUUGUUACUUUGGUUGUAUAGUAAAUGACCAUCAAGCUUGAAAAUCCUUUUCUAUGCGUUUUUUCCGAGAAAAUGUCGAGAAAUUCACCUGUUGAGGAAUCUAAGAAUACUUUUAAUUAAUUCUCUCUACAUUUAAGUGGGAAUUAGGCCAGUUCAUCUUUAACGA